UAUCCUUCUCAUUCGUAAGCUUUAUGCGCACCAUCUAGCGAAAUGUUCUUUUUUUUAAAGGGCAACUUUUUAUUAUUUCUCUAUACUCUAAUAAUUAUUUCAAUGAUUUUUUAUGUUAAAGAUAUCAAUUUGAAGUAACAAACAAUCGGUGUAUCAAUUUGUAUAAACGAUUUUCAUACAGAAAGACCAACGUUUUUAAUGAAAAAUUUAACUGAAUAUAUUCGACUAAGUUCAGAUUACAAGAAACAUAAAACAAUCAAAUCAAAUAAUUUCCUUGUAGAUGAAUUUUGAAUGACGUUGUACCUCGUUUAUACGAUGAUAUACAUAACCAAAUAUAUAUCUUACAAAUGAAAUAAUGAUUGUAUCGAAUUUUUGAAGAAUGUAGAUAUUAGCAAUUUUAUUCCGUCAAUACUGAUUAGCAGACGAUACUCUUUAAGCGCUCUCUUCAGUAUUCUUUUUUUCAAAUGGUUAAGCUAGGUAAAACCAGCGGUCGCGUUUGAAAUCUUGUGUUUGUACGAUAUGCAUCUUUCGUAUAAAUUUUUUUAACAACGAAAACGAUCAUGUUUCUUCUAUUCUUGUCAAGAUUUAAUGUUUAUAGUAAACGUAUAAUAAUAUAUGAUACUUCGCAAAGAUGUACUUUGAUCAAUUUAAAUAUAUUACAUAACCUCAAAGGAAUGGUUCGUUUCAUGUCAAAUAAUGUGUUUGCAUCACGUUUAAAUUUACCACUUUCGGAUAACAGUAUUAGAAAGUAUUUAGAUUAUCUUUCUGACGUUUAUCAAAAUGAUCAAUGGAAAGAAAAUAACUUUGUAAAAAUGAUUAAUAUAAGAUCCAUGGCAGGCAUGUUAGAGGAACGUAUUAAUAUUAUGGAAAAUGUAAAAUACUUGCAAGAUAUUGGUAAAGAAGACGAAGAAAUGAAAAAGUUAGCUCGGGAAGAAGAAGCAACGUAUAAACAACAGUUAGAUGAUCUGGAUGAAAAGUUAUUGAACGUAAUUUUAUUUGACCUUGAUAAAGAAAAUUAUAACAAUACCAUUCUUGAAAUAUCAGCUGGUGUCGGAGGUCAAGAGGCUAUGCUUUUUGUUGAAGAUCUUUACAAGAUGUAUUUAGGAUAUGCAGAUUAUUUAGGAAUAGAAUAUGAAUUAUUAGAGCUUGAUAAAAGUGAAAGUUGUGGUGUAAGGCAUACUAGUAUUUUACUUAAAGGUAAUCUAGCUUUUAAAAAAUUUAGACAUGAAGGAGGCGUUCAUAGAGUACAAAGAAUACCAAAAACCGAAAAAUCUGGUCGUAUGCAUACCAGUACAGUAUCUGUUGCUAUUCUGCCAGAACCCACAGAUAUUGAAAUUAAUUUAAAUCAUAAGGAUCUGAAAAUAGAAACAAUGAGAGCAUCGGGUGCUGGUGGUCAGCACGUAAAUACAACUGAUUCAGCUGUGAGAAUAACUCAUUGCCCAACUGGAAUAGCAGUAACUUGUGAAACGCAAAGAUCACAAUUAAAAAAUAAAGAAAUAGCACUCUUAAAGCUAAAAACUAUUUUAUAUCAACAAGAAUUGAAUAAACAAAUUGGGAUUGUUAGUGAAAUGCGUAAGAAGCAAAUGGGCUUAGGAUUGAGAAAUGAAAAGAUAAGAACAUAUAAUUAUAAUCAAGAUCGUAUCACGGAUCACAGAGUAGAAAAUGGAACAAUGCAUAAUUUAAAAUCGUUUAUGACAGGAGGUGUAGAAUUGGAAGAACUGGAAGGUAUAUUGCAAAGUAAUAUACAAAAGAAAAUUUUAGCGGAUAUGAUAAAUAAAGUAGAGUCCAAAACAAAAUAAUAUUUCGUUUCUUCAUAAAAUUUAUAUCUUCUAUUUUUGACAAAAUUUUAUGUUGUGUAUAUAAGUGUUAAAUUGUAUAUAGUUUAAUCGAAUAAAUUAUACAAUAUUUAGGUAA